ACGGGUUGCUCCACGUUUUAGUUACAUUUGUAUCUACUUUAUUUAUUGGACCAUAACUUUUAUUAACUAGUUGUACUCGUUUAAUGUGUCUGUCUAAUGAUGUGGAAAACUACUAUGAAAACAGUGCGGCGCCAAAGUUCAGCCAAUCAGCUGUUUAAUGCCAGAAACCUGUCACUGGGUGCGACACUUGGUCAGCAGACCCACUUGGAACUGCUGGAUACGUCGCCGCCGCGUACCGAUGAGAGAUGGCAGCAGGCGAGGCCUUAUGGGGAGCUACCCGGACCCAAUGGUUUUCGCAUGCUGUCCUACUUUUUGCCAGGCGGCAAGCUGCACAACACAAACCUCAUUCAGAUGAACCGUCGCCUCAGGGAGAUGUACGGGGAUAUCUAUCGCUUGCCCGGGUUGAUGGGCAAGGCAGAUGUUGUCUUCACAUAUAAUCCAGAGGACUUUGAGCUGACCUACCGCAAUGAGGGCGUUUGGCCCAUACGCAUCGGUCUGGAGAGCUUCAGCUACUACCGCAAGGUGAAGCGACCGGAUGUGUUUGGUGGCAUCGGUGGCCUGGUAUCAGAACAGGGCAAGGCCUGGGCAGACAUCCGCAACAAGGUGAAUCCGGUGCUCAUGAAAGUCCAGAAUGUCCGACAGAAUCUGCCGCAGCUGGAUCAGAUAGCAAAGGAGUUCAUUGACAAACUGGAAAGCCAGAGAGAUCCGGAAACCCACUUGCUACAGGCUGAUUUUCAUGAUCAGCUGAAGAAUUGGGCCUUUGAGUCCAUUAGCUUUGUGGCCUUAAACACGCGCAUGGGUCUGCUCAGCGAUCAACCGGAUCCGAAUGCCGCGCUCCUGGCCGGGCAUAUGAGCGAUUUCUUCAACUACAGUUUCCAGUACGAUGUGCAACCCUCGAUCUGGCCCUACUACAAGACACGGGGCUUCAAGCGGUUCCUCAAGACAUACGACGACAUCACAGAGAUCACCACCAACUACAUCGAAGAGGCCAUUCAACGCUUCGAGAUCGAUGAUGGCCGCAAGACCAAAUGCGUCUUGGAACAGUUGUUGGCCCUGAACAAGCAGGUGGCCGUUGUGAUGGUCAUGGACAUGCUGAUGGCCGGAAUCGAUACGACCUCUUCUGCCUUUGUUACGAUUCUCUAUCACUUGGCGCGCAAUCCCGAUAAACAAGAGCAGCUGCGCCGUGAGCUGCUUCGCAUCCUGCCCGAUGCCAAGGCCUCGCUGACUGACGAGACCACCAAGAACAUGCCUUAUUUGCGGGCCUGCAUCAAGGAGGGACUACGCAUCACCUCAAUCACACCUGGAAACUUUCGCAUCACAACCAAAGAUCUGGUGCUCUCUGGCUACCAAGUGCCUCGUGGCACGGGCGUCCUAAUGGGCGUCCUGGAGUUAUCCAACAGCGACGAGUACUUUGCCCAGAGUGCCGACUUUAUGCCCGAGCGUUGGCUCAAGUCAGACAUGGCUGCCGAUGUCAAGGCCUGUCCAGAGGCCCGCACCCGCAAUCCGUUUGUGUACCUGCCCUUUGGCUUUGGACCGCGCACCUGCAUCGGGAAGCGUAUAGCCGAGCUGGAGAUAGAGACGCUCAUGGUGCGCCUGCUGCGUAGCUACCACAUCAGCUGGCUGCCCGAUACUGCUCUGCAGUACGAGAGCACCAUUAUCCUGUCGCCCUGCGGCGACAUCCGCUUCAAGCUCGAGCCAGUCGAACGUGUUGGCGAAUCCUUGUGAUAUCAUGCCUAUGCUCAAGUACAGACUGUCGUUUGAGUUCAGAGA